AUGUUGAGUCGCGCCGUCUUACCUCUAACGAGGCCUAAUGUCCUCGCCUCUGCCUCCCGGGCUUCACGGGUUCCACGAGUUUCCGCCCUGUCUCUUCAGCAACCCCGGUGGUACGCCAAGGGCAAGGGUACACCAUAUGAACUUCCCAAAUCGCAGGAGCCCGAGUCGAGAAUAACCAAGUCGACCUCGAAGAAUCAGUCUGAAUCAGAGCAGUCCGAUCUUGACAACAAGUCUAAGCCGGAGAUUGACGCGGCCGAGUCAAACACCCCCGAAACCGAACAGAUUCCCAACAAACCUCUCCCUGACUUGACCCAAGGUAUUCCGUCGACGUUAUUUGCCGAGCUGGAAGGCCGCAAGAAAGGCACAUCACACCUGAACAUCACAGAGGACCACACCCAAUCCGAGGAAUACAGUGAAGAUGGCCGGGGUGGUGGUGAUAUCCCCAAGGGUGGAUACGAGACCUCUCUGGACCGCCGGAAGGCCCGCAUGGCCAACAUCAUGUACGCAGUGAUGCUGGCUGCCGGUAUUGCCGGUUUGGGCUACUUGGGUCGCAACUGGGAAACCGAGGAAGAACAGCGUGCUCACGCCGACCAGCCAUCGGGCUGGGCCCCAGGUCUCUGGUGGAGCCGCACCAAGGCCCGCAUGGGAGACCUUACCAGCUACUACAAAGACCCGGCGUUCCCCCAACUGCUUCCCGAUGAGGACCCUACCAUGCGCCAACCUUACACACUUGUCCUCAGUAUGGAGGAUCUGCUCGUUCACAGCGAGUGGAGCCGUGAACACGGAUGGCGUGUGGCUAAGCGUCCUGGCGUGGACUACUUCCUUCGCUACCUCAACCAGUACUACGAGCUUGUUCUGUUCACCACCGUGCCCAGCAUGAUGGCCGACCAGGUUCUCCGCAAACUCGACCCCUACCGUAUUAUUCGCUGGCCCCUCUUCCGUGAGGCCACCCGCUACAAGGACGGAGAGUACAUCAAGGAUCUUUCUUACUUGAACCGUGACCUAUCCAAGGUUAUCCUCAUCGACACCAAGGAGGAGCAUGCUCGCCUGCAACCUGAGAACGCUGUUAUUUUGGACAAGUGGACCGGUGACCCCAAGGACAAGACGCUGGUCGCCCUGAUUCCGUUCCUGGAGUACAUGGCCGGUAUGGGUGUGGAGGAUGUGCGCCCUGUGCUGAAGUCAUUCGAGGGUAGCCAGAUCCCCAUCGAGUUCGCCAAGCGUGAGAAGGCCAUGCGUGAGCGCUUUGAGAAGGAGCUUAGCGAGGAGAAGAAGAAGAAGCCCUCCAUUAGCAUGGGCAGCGUUGCUUCCGCUCUUGGACUGAAGUCUACUCGUACCAUGGACGGCGAGGUCUCGGCUUCCGAGGGUCUGGCCCAGGGUAAGAUGCUGUGGGAUCAGAUCCGCGAGCGUGGUCAAAAGAACUACGAGCUCAUCGAUCGUGAGAUCCGUGAGAACGGCGAGAAGUGGCUUGCUGAGAUGGCCGCUGAAGAAGAGAAGGCUCGCCAAGAGCAAAUGCAGAACAUGAAGGGCUCUUUGACUGGCAUGUUCGGUGCUGGCAAGCAGUAA